GGGUAGUCAACAGUUGCGCACUAACUCGCUGGAAUUGACUUGCCACGCCCCACAAAAAGCGUCUAUCGAAUAAAGGAUAAACCCAAAUAGUUCACUACAAAAAUCAUGUACAAGUUCGUGUCUGUGUUGUGCUCGGCUCUGCUGUUGUCCUAUGUGCUGGCUCGUCCCCAGGAUGUGCGUGGCGGAUCUGUGACCACAACAACCACGCCGGCGAGCAUUAUCCAGCAGGAUAAUGUGAACAAUGCCGACGGCAGCUUCAACAGCAGCUAUGAGACAUCGAAUGGCAUUCGCGUGGAGAAUGUUGGCUUCCUCAAGAAGAUCAUCAUCCCCAAGUCGGAGACCAGCGAUGGCCAAGUGAUCGAUGAGCACGAGGAACUCGUCCUGGUGCAAACCGGCUCCUUUAGCUACAGCGAUCCCGAGGGCAAUCUCAUCACGCUGCGCUACACCGCCGAUGAGAAUGGCUUCCAGCCCGAGGGCGAUCAUCUGCCCGUUGCGCCGCAAUAAGCAGCUGUUUGUUUUGUUGAUGUUGCCCACGUACACACGGGGCGUAUGUGUAAUUAAGUAAUUAACAUUAGGUCGAAUACCAUAACCGUAACCGUAUAUCGUUUGGAGCGUAUAUCGAAUAUCGUAAAUUGUAUCUUAUAAUAUAUAUAUUCUCUGUAUAAAGUAUUACGUACUGGAAAUAGCACAGCACUGCCCAUAUGCCAUAUAUCAAGCGAAAUACACUCUGUUCUUAGCCAUUUGGCACCUACCAACACACACUUAUACACUUAUACACACACCUACACACCCAAAAUGGAAUAAGACGAGAAAAUGAUGAUGAUGAUGAAGAAGCAAAGACAUUAUAAAUAAAUGAAUAAAUAUUGAACAAUUAA